CAUUGGUCUGUUUCACAUGUGAGCUGAUGUGCCGGGUUAGGGUGUUUUUUGAUUUCGUAACCCAACACCGUGUAGCAUUCGUGUUGUAAUACUGUUGUUUAUGUUAGCUCGUCUCCACGGGUGGCAUUAGGAGCUGUUUUAGAGGACAACUAGCCGCGUUCAAACACGGCGGAAACUGAUCUUGAAGUAGCUAGCUAGCGUUACAUCCAUACCUGGCUAACAGAGGCUAACGUUAGCUAACCGCUCAAUCGAUAUAGGUUAUUAGCAUUAUCGUUACGAUGGGUGAGGAAAUCAACGAAACCCUCAAUAAGCAAUGCAGUGAACCCGCCAGUGCCACCAAUGUUGAGGAGAACGGCGAAACGGUGGAAGGCGGUGUAAAAUAUUACACAUUAGAAGAAGUAAGAGUACAUAAUAUGAGCCACGACACAUGGCUCAUCAUCCACGAUAAAGUAUACGACAUCACAACUUUCCUCGAAGAGCAUCCCGGAGGUGAGGAGGUGUUGCUGGAGCAGGCAGGCGCCGAUGCCACAGAGAGCUUUGAGGAUGUGGGUCAUUCUACAGAUGCCAGGGAGAUGCUCCAGCAGUACUUCAUUGGGGAACUUCACAUGGAUGACAGAAGAAGACUGGCAGAGGAGGCACAGGACACAAAUUCAGGAGAGUCCAGUUCCUGGACCAUGUGGUUGAUACCUGCCAUUGCUGCAAUUGUUGUUGGUGUCAUGUAUCGCUACUACAUGUUCGAACACAAGUCUUCUUGAGUGCUGGCAUCCUCUUUUCAUCUCAUUGUUUUCAUCUGGAGGCCUCGAAAUGUUUGACCAAAACCUCCUUACACUGAACACACACAAUUAGGAGUGUGUGCAUCCUUUGCAACUAGAAAAGGAGGGGAACAGUUUGAUAAAAGUACUUUUGUCCAUCUACAUAGAUUGCACCAAAUAGACAAUUGGGCAGAAACUUCAUUAAAGUGUCUGCCUUCAGUUGCGUUGUACUUCAUCGUCACUAUGCCUGUUGUCAUUCAUGUUAAACCCUGUCUUUAACUUAAACUUUCAUAUGCAUUUGACCCAGUUUGUUUCUCUGUAUGCUCAUUAACCGUUUGCCUGCUCAGAGAAAGGUUUUGUUAACAGCCUGGUAUACAUUCACCAUCACUACUGAUAGACUAAAUGGAAACACUGAUGGAGGUGAUCGUAUGCAGAAUGGUGUUUUAAUCAGGGUAAUAGUUAACAAUGACCAUUCUACCGUUUACACUGAAUUAUAACUUCUAAUGCAUUUUCUUAGUUUUAAUAAAGUGAGAAAUGUUACUGCUUCCUAACUCUAAAUAGCAAUCAUGAGUUUAUUCCCUUCACUCCUUAAUGCACAGUUCUUGUGUUAGCAAUGCUAGAUUGCCCUUAUCACUUGUAAAUGCACAAUAUUUUCCAAUUAGGUAAUUGCAGUGUCAAAUCUUUGCAUCUGUUGCUUUUUAAAGAUGUGCGUUAUACUGUGUGAUUAUUUAAGGUAGGAUGUGUUCUUGCUUUUUCUACACUUCUGUUACCAGGAAUUUGUGUAAAUGUUCAAAAUACCUGGUCCAUAUAUUAAUAUAAAUUUUUGUGGUCAUAGAAUAUUUUAUUACCCAAAUGUAAUAGCUUACAGUGAAUGAAUACCCUUGAAUUAAGAAAAAUAUCUGUUAUUUGAUUGUUUUUAGAUUCGAUUGUCCCCUACUAUGCCAUUUGUUAUUUAACUGAUGCUUUUUCACAACUUUGUUUCAUUGUCAUUUAUCUAAUUUUGAUGUUUUUAAUGAAUGGUACUGGGAACUGUCACUUGAGGGUUGGAAUUGUAUUGGAUGAAGUCAGUCAGUUGUCAUUAGAGCUGUGGAUGGGUGUCUUUAAGGGCACAGUUUCACAUACAUAUUUCAUUACAGUAUGUUAGUUUUUGAAGUUCCUAGGUUUGCACUGUUUAAUAUGUUUUCAUUUAGGCAAGGUUUGCAUAGCAUUUCAAAAAUCACUCCUUUUAUUGAAUAUUCUGAAAUUACUAUUUUAUUUCAUAUUACUAUUGGAAAAAACAUUUUCCAACUACAAACAAAAGUUCAAAAUUUAUGAAUAUAACUUGCUAUUUUUACAUGUGGCUACAAUAUUUACUUGCAGAUGUCAAACGUUUGUUGGUUGAACUUCAAGAAAUAUUUACCAUCAUUUCUCAUCAUCAAAAUUAUCUUUGAAUAAAAUGACUUUCAAAGUG